AUGGAUUUGUUUCAUGAAAUAACUAAAAAAGGUGGUAUGCAACCGGAUGUGAUCACUUACAACACCUUGUUACAUGGAUUGUUUCAAGCUGGACGUUGUGAAGCUACAUGCGAACUCUUUAACGAGAUGCAAGCACACAAACUGAUUCCAAAUGAAAGCACAUACAGAAUAGUCUUGAAGGGUCUAUGCAACAACAAACAAGUGGAUGAAGCACUGACUUUAUUUCAUCUGAAAGGGGCGAAUAAGAUAAAAUCGGAUAUUGCUAUAUAUAAUAUACUUAUUGAUGGUGCAAGUAAAAGUGAGAAGUUUGAUAUUGCAAGGAACCUUUUCAAUGAACUAACUGUAAAAGGUUUACCACCUGAUAUUUGGACAUAUAAUACAAUGAUCGGUGGUUUUUGUCGGGAAGGAUUAGUGAGUGAAGCAAAAGAGUUUUUUCUUAAGAUGGAGGAAAGGGGCUGCCAGCCGGAUAGUGUGACUUACAAUGUUCUUCUCCAAGGAAUUUUAAAGAACCAACAACAUGAUAUGGUAGAGAUGCUUUUACUGGAAAUGGAAGGAAGAGGUUUUUCACUUGAUGCUUCAACUGUAUCAAUGUUACUUGAUCAUAUAAAAGCUAGAUCUUUAGAUGCUUCUUUGCUUAAGCUGAUUGGUAAGCUUGUGCCAAAGGAAGAAGUGGAUGCUCCUUGUUUUACUGUGUAG